CUUUCUUCAGACGAGGAGGAGGUCACCACCUGAACAUAGGAGAGAUCCUGCCUGCGAAGAGUUCUCUUACCCAUGUCCUGCUUCCCCGAAGCUUGUCGAGAGGUAUCUCCACCACCGGAACCACGAACGCCGCCCCAGAGGUCCUUUAGGAGCGACAUCUCAUUUUUUAACACGAAUGUACACUGGUAUUUGGAUCAUGAUCUUAGAUGUGGGCUUGUUCUCUCACAUUCCGCUCUUAACUCUCUUGUUAUGGAGAGGGGAAGAACGCAUCCAUGUUCUUGGUUGGAUCUAUCUUAUCUGCCUCACCAUUACCUCAGCCGUGCUUCCGUUGAGCACCAUUUGGCAAGUGAUUAAAACAAGGAGCGUCAACCGCAUGCCAUUCUAUGAUCCUUUACUCACAACAGUGGGAGCAGCUUUGUGGUUGGCCUAUGGCUUACUCAUGAAGAACAUAAAAAUUGCAGUGCCAAAUGCAUUGUCUUUAAUGUUUGGUGUGAUUCAAAUGGCUGUCUACGUGGUGUACAAACAUGCUGCUAUUGAAGACCAAGGGGAUUCUCUACAGCUGCCGGAGUGCCUCGCCGGAGCUUGCGAGGUGAAAAUUGAAAAUGGCGCCGGUUGUCAAAAUCAUUUAAAUAUGUAAUAUGUUAAGA